AAGAGUAUCGUUGGAAAUGGGUAUGGCGGCUACGUUGUUCUGAGAGGGUCAGGAUGUUUGUUUGGCUACUAUUGCGUAACAGAGUCCUUACUAAUGCUGUCCGUUAUGAGCGACAUAUCACUGUAUCACCUUAUUGUCCUCAAUGUGAUGAUGUAAUUGAAACUCCAUUGCAUCUCCUACGAGAUUGUCCAUUUGCAGUUCAGGUAUGGAACAAAGUCGGCUUGGGGGGACAGGAUUUUUUCCAAUUGCCCUUAGCAAAAUGGAUAGAGAGUAACUCAAGAAAGCUAGCCCUGGUGCAAAAUGGAGGUAUGCCCACUGAUAUUCUUUUCCUCUCCACCAUAUGGCAAUUAUGGAAGUGUAGGAAUAAUAUGAUAUUUAGAGCUGCUAAUUUGCCAGCCCCUAAACUUUGUGAUUUUAUAAGUAGCUAUGCACUUGAUACUUAUCAGGCAAUGUCCAGCAACAUAUUUGUGCAAACAAAAGUCCCUAUUUGGAUAAGUUGGCACCCACCGGAUCCACCUUUUUGCAAGUUGAAUACGGAUGGCUCUAGAAUGCAGGAGACAGGGGGAUUCUUCGGGAACCUUUAUUCAAGGAACAAAGGGAUUAGUCAUUUAGUCGUGGAGAUGGAUUCCUUGUCGGCGGUGCAGGUUAUUGAAGGAUCCAAGGAACAGGAUAGCCUAGCAGCAGUGCUGGUGGAAGAUAUCCCUCGUUUGAGAGGAGGAUUUAUUGCCUUUAGCAUACAGCACACCCUACGUGAAGGUAAUCGUGCUGCAGACUUUAUGGCUGAAAUUGGGCAUAAUUUGCCUACUGGAACCACAGUUUUUGAUUUGCCUCCACCUGGUCUCAUCACUUUCCUGGAAGCGGACACGUUAGGCGUAGCAUUCUUGCGUCAUUAAUUACUUAGCUUUAUGUAUCAAAAAAACAACACUGUGGAAUAAAAAAUAUAUCUCUGUAUUUAACUGUUGGAUUUUGACUUUUUCGGUUCUUCGUCUUUCUCCCAUAUAUCAUUUCCCUAACUUUCAAUACUUCUAUGCUAGCAAAAAUAGAAGAACCAGCCACGUAACUUGGAAAAAAAAAAGGUACUUGGUUUGUAUGAGAAUUUCAGUUUUUUCGUCCUAUUAUUUGACAAAAACAAAAGUUAAACUUUGAAUUCAAUUGUUGCAGUUAGCAGUUUGCUGUUGUUAUAUGACUUUUAUUUUGGCUGAAUAAUUUUCCUGAGGUUCAUCUACCUUAACUCUGUAUCAGUUUCUAUCUUUUGAUCCAUCUUCUUUAGACAAAAAUGGAAGAGCCGUUUACCUAUCUUGCAAAAAAGAGGUAUGCAGUAGUUACCGGGGCAAACAAGGGGAUCGGAUUUGAAAUAUGCAA